AAAAUUAAAUAAAUAUCCCGCCUUACCCAGGGAUGAGAUGUUCGAAGGGGGUGCGGCCCAAACAGCAGCAGCAGCAGCCCAGGUAAUGUUCUCACCUGCCUCCAUGUGGCAACCGGCACAGCCACGCCAAAGCCAGAGGUGCUAGCAGGGAAAACACAGAGAGAGAAAGAGAGAUAGGAGAGAAAGAGAAGUGGCAGAAGGAAGAUCUUCGUUGACGUAAGGGGCAGAGAGAAGCUGGCAGCCCCACGGGCCCCCACUUUGGACCAGGGCUGGCCAGGUUGUGGCAGAUACUUUUCCUCCGGCAGGAUGGUGAAUUUGGACCCAGUUCACACAGAUAUCAAGAUGAGUGAGAAUGUGGCCGAUUCCACAGACACACGGCACGAAGGCAGCCACAUAGAAGCAGGAAUUGAAAGGAAUGGCCUGGAUUUCAACAGACAGAUUAAAACAGAAGACCUCAGUGACUCUUUGCAAGCUGCCAUCCCCUCCAGGUCAAGUCAUCUCCCCCAAGGGCCAUCAAUGAUGCCAGGAGGGCAAAUUACAGGGGACAUGAGUUCUCUUCAUACUUUGCAGCAACUGGUGCAAGUCCCCAGCCACAUGCAGUCCGUCCCCCUUUUCCUACUUUCUCAGGGUCAACAAGCCCUGCCAUCAAAUCUUCUCUCCUUCCCCCAGCAGCAGAGCGGUCUCCUCCUUCCUCAGCAUGGACACAGCUUAACAUCUCAGACAGUGGGACGCCCCAGCCAUCCUGGGUCAUCUUCACUUGAACCUCACAUGGAGGUCCCUCAACAUUUACAAGUUGCCAAGCACUUGCCCUCCUCCAUGGCCACCGAUGAAGCCAAUGACCUUGAGGAGCUCGAAAAGUUUGCCAAGACGUUCAAGCAAAGGCGAAUAAAACUUGGGUUUACUCAGGGCGAUGUAGGUCUUGCCAUGGGAAAGCUGUAUGGAAACGACUUCAGCCAGACAACCAUUUCCCGCUUUGAGGCCCUGAACCUCAGCUUCAAAAAUAUGUGCAAACUCAAGCCACUGCUGGAAAAGUGGCUCAGCGAUGCAGAAAAUUCCCCCUUGGAUUCUUCUGUCAGCAGCCCUGCCAACUACCCGGCUGUGAAUGAGAUGUUUGGGCGCAAGAGGAAAAAACGGACCAGCAUCGAGACCAACAUCCGUUCCACCUUGGAGAAACGUUUCCAAGAUAACCCCAAGCCCAGCUCAGAGGAGAUCUCCAUGAUUGCAGAACAGUUGUCCAUGGAAAAGGAGGUGGUCCGAGUUUGGUUCUGCAACCGGCGUCAGAAAGAGAAGCGCAUCAGCUGCCCAAUGCCCUCUCCCAUCAAAUCCCCCCUCUACAACUCCAGACUGGUUUCUACCUCAGGAUCUUUGGGUCCACUCUCUGUUACACCUGUCCACAGCACUAUGCAUGGUACGGUUACAUCUUCCUGCUCUCCGGGAAGCUCCAGCCGGCCCCAGUCUCCAGGCACAGGGCUGCACUCCAAUAGCCCCGGCAUGUCCCACAAUAACUCCAAAGCAGCCAUCAAUUCAUCCAGCUUCAAUUCUUCUGGAUCAUGGUACCGAUGGAACCAGCCUACCUACCUCCAUUGAAGCUCCAUCUUCCAAAGAGCAAUGGCACCCACCUUUCUCUCCUCUGUGUACAAAGUGAGCCUUAACUUCUUCCUAUGGACCCACUUUGCUGGAGACAGUGACUCGGGUGAAGGUUCAACCUGGCAGCACAAGUGCCUUCAACAAGCAACUGGUCUCAACUGGUGCAAGCUGGAUUGUCAAAGAGACUGGAACUGUGAUGGAUCCCAACCUGUUGAGGGAUGUGAUGACCUUAUAUGUUCUUGUCCACAGUCUCAGGCAUUUCUCCUUUAGGAGAGAGAUUUCCUAAAAUGUUGCAACUGAUACCCUGACCAUAUUUAAUGCGUUGGGAUUACUAUCUUCUUUCCCUCUUUAGUUUUUAAUGGCUUUCCUGUGGAGACAUAUCUAUUGGCAGAUCAAAAUGCACAGGGCCACUCUGGAGCAUCCCCUAAAACUGAGCCAAGGUUGCCACGUUGGUUUCACUCAAGGUUUAAAACCUGGGUGGGUAUCUCAGUGUUCUGCCCUUUAGUGCUUUGGAAGAGAUGCCAUCCAACAUCACCUACUCAAACUGUUGGCUCUUUGGAGUGGUGUAGAUUCAUCUCAAAGCACCUCAAGGUGAUGCCCAGCAGCCGCUAGUGGCCUCU